UUUAGACUAUAAUAAAUAGCUGAAAGUCCCACAGCUUCCAAAGACUGAGAAAAAUGUCAUCACCACAGGGUAUCUAUAAGAGAUGCGAGGAACCCGAGGAACAGGGGAAGAACCCAAGGAAGAUAUUUGAAACAGCAGGUAAUUUCCUGCCACAAAGCUUCCGAGGUGGUUCAGGAGUAUCCCUGCCGAUCAUUUCUCUUGUGACCAUUGCAUCAUUUUUGCUAUGGAUCAUCACUGUUGCUGUGAUGGCAUCAAAAUAUUCUAAGAUUUCCAAGGAACUAGAAGAACUGCGUUUGAAUCAAACUUUGCUGACUAAAAAUGGUCUCAAUUCAGAGAAGCAGUUGCAGCACCUCCGCUCCGACCAUAAUUCUUACGAAUCAUCAGUAAAUAACACCCUAAAAAAGCUGGAGGAAAGUCACAAUAGCCUGAAAAAGAAUGUGAAUGAAAACAUAAAACAGAUAGACACUCGAAGUGAAGGAAAUGGGAAGGUAGUCAUUGAAUUAAUCAAUGCAGUUUAUCAGAUUAACGCUUCAGGCUGCCAGGUAUGUCCAAAAGGUUGGCUGCUGAACAAAGAAAAAUGCUACUAUUUCCAGAUGGGGAGUGAAGCCUGGUCUCAGGCACAGAGGAGAUGUGAGGCUUAUGGAGGCCAACUGGUUGUCAUUGAUGGUUGGAGUGUGGAGAAUUUUCUUACUGCACAUACAAAAGGCAAGACAUUCUGGAUUGGUCUAAGUGAUAUGCACUCUGAAAACGAGUUCAUUUGGGUAGACAAAAGCACUCCAUCAUUUACCGCUUGGAAUGUAGGAGAACCCAACAAUAGUGGACAUGGGCAAGACUGUGUAGUGAUAAAUUCUAAUGGCCGAUGGGAAGAUCGUGAAUGUGGAAGAAGUGUAGAUGGCUGGAUUUGUGAAAAGCCCUGGAAGUGCUAAUUGUAUCCAGUAAGAGGAAGACUCAACAUUCAGCAUUCGUAACCCAUGUGUAUUAUUUUGAGCUUUCUUAUUUUUAUUGUCUUUUAUUAGUUUUCUGUAUUUUGCUUUACUGAAGACUAUCAAUAUAUGGUGCAGCAUAACUAUUUCGGUAAACAAUUCUUUGAAUAAACCGAGAGCUCAGCCUAGAACAAGAAUGGGCAGGCUUUAGGUGUGCAGGAGCUAUUGGGGUUCUUUUUACCAGAACAAGCUACAAAAAUAGGAGUUCAGGACUACAGACAAAGAAUUGAGGAACAAGUUGUGCUUCUGAACAGAGAACUAAUGGAUUGGCUGUCAGCAGCACAGUUGGAGCUUACACACAAAUUAUUUCACACAUUGACGUUCCCCUCUUACAAGCACUGCUGAUUUUAGCAACCUCACAGGGCAACAAUUUUUAUUAAAUUAUCAUGAGUCACAAACUUCUACUAAUUUGCUAGGUAAAUUACUUGGAGAUCAGCUAAUAUGCCCAAUUUCUGCUCAUCCUGUGUAGAAAACAUAAAAUCGAAGUUGUCUAGUUUAGUAAAGUUUAAUCUUUGCUAGCCUAGGAAAUUUUAGUUUUCUGUUCUAUAGUUUUUCAUUUUUCAUUGAAGCACUCCUAAAAAGUAUCUAAAUAAUCCCAGAUUUUCCAAAAUACAGUUUGAAGAAUCUCUAGUAUGGAUUCCCCGGAGUUUCAUAAACAAAUGCAAAGGGAUCUCUCUUGUGAUAAAAUAUUUGUAAAUCCUUCGAUUAGAAUAAUGAUUUUUCAGCUUAAGAAUCCAUAGUAUUAUUUGGCACACUUUCAAAACUCCCUUGAGAUUUCAAAUUAAAAUAACAGAUUUCCAAGUGUGUGAUUUCAAUAGACAGGUACCUAAUUGCAAUUGUUAUCUGUCUUUGCUACUUUCAACAAAUCUGGCAGCAUCUUGGGAAUCAAUGUGUGUUACUUUAGGUUUUAUGAUAGAAGGAGCGUGAUAUAAUUUCACUAAAUUUAAAAAAAUUAAAAUAGGACAAAAGGUUUCAUACAUACAGAAUUCCAUCACCUUAUAGAACAAUAUUACCUUCAAAACUGUAAAGCUAAUGGACCCAGGUAAAGAAACUCCAGGUCCAGAAACAUGAAUCUAUACAUGACACAUACAUUUGUGAUGGUAAUCUAUCUUCAAAAUACAACUGUUACUUAGGAAAUAGAUGUAACAAUGUGCAAAAUCACAGGACUGACUGAGUUUAAGGUGAGCACUUGGUACAGAAUAAUUCAUGACACUGAAAAUAUUUGAGAAGUAGAAGGCAUCAGCACAGCAGUUAUGGAUUCAAAUUGGUGCAGAACUUUUUUAUCAAUUGUAUAAUGUGCAAAUCUAUACAAUAAUAAAAUUUAAG